AUGAAACUCGAUAAUCUUAUCGGCGAGUUGACUAAAAAGAACGGCUCCUUAUUCGGUCCUGUUGCUGCAGCCGAUGAUAUAGAUAAGAUUAUUUCCGCUGAAAUACCAGACAAGACAGUAGAUCCAGACCUGUAUGUGAUCGUUGGGGAUUGUAUGAUGCAUGGUCCUUGCGGUGCAGCAAAGAAGGAUAAUGUAUGUAUGGUUAACGGUAAAUGUUCUAAGAUGUUUCCGAAACCUCUCAACAUCAGGACAUCGAUUGACGCAAAUGGAUUUCCAGCUUACAUGCGUCGGAUUGAUGGUAGGUUCAUUGAGAAAAAUGGAAUCAGAUUAGACAAUGGAUUUGUUGUACCAUACAACAGAGACCUCAUGCUUCGAUAUCGCGCCCAUAUGAAUGUAGAGUGGUGCGUCCAAACACGAGCUGUUAAGUAUCUUUUCAAAUAUAUUCAUAAGGGACCUGAUUAUGCCUCAGCUGCAAUGGAUAAAGAAGAUGAAGAUGGCGUCAUUGACGAAAUCAAAACAUAUUACGACUGCAGAUAUAUUACUGCAUGCGAGUCGUCUUGGCGGAUUCUUGCUUUUCCUACACAUUUUCGUACUACUUCUGUAGAGAAACUUGGCUUUCAUCUUCCGGAUCAGGAACUGGUAUUUUUUGAUGAAGACGAACCUAUUGAGAGUAUUCUCAACAAAAAGACUGUCAACCAAUCCAUAUUUUUGGCCUGGUUCAUAGCAAACAGAAAAUAUGCAGAGGCAAGAGAGUUGACAUAUGCGGAAUUUCCAACAAAAUUCGUUUGGAAAUCAGGUACGAGAGAAUGGGUACCACGGAAACGAGGCUUUGCGAUAGGGAGGAUUGCGCAUAUUCAGCCAUCAGAUGCUUGCUAUGCGUUGGGAUUGAUGGAUGAUGACAAGGAAUUCAUAGAAGCUAUCAAAGAUGCCAGUGACUGUAGUUCUGCGACGUAUGCAAGGAGGAUUUUUGCGAGAAUGUUGGUUUCCAAAUCGUUGUCUCAGCCUCAUGUAGUGUGGGAAGCUACUUGGGAGUAUCUUAUCCACGAUAUUCUUUACAAGAAGCGCAAUGGUCGUAGCCUCAAGAAAUGGCCCCACAUGCCAAAGCCAGAAAAUUUUGGAGAUUACAACGGCAAUCGCCUUAUAGAUGAUGAGCUUAAUUAUGUUGUGGAAGAUCAGCUAAAGGAAAAUGAAAGACUUAUGGCGAUGAUAACAGAUGAGCAAAGAGGGGUAUACGAACAGAUUCUGGAUGCAGUUUUAAAUGAUAGCGGUGGAGUGUUCUUUCUUUAUGGUUAUGGAGGCACAGGAAAAACCUUCGUAUACAGAGCACUCUCGUCAUCUAUCCGAUCUAAAGGUAUGAUUGUUCUAAAUACCGCAUCAAGUGGAAUUGCAGCAUUGUUGUUGGAAGGAGGUAGAACCGCACAUUCCAGAUUUGGUAUUCCGAUAGAUGCAGACGAAUUCAGCACUUGCAAGAAAAUGGAGCCAGGAUCAGAUCGUGCAGAAUUAGUUAAAGCGGCAAAGUUAAUUGGGGGUAAAGUUGUUGUUUUCGGUGGAGAUUUCAGACAGAUUUUACCGGUUAUACCUGGAGGUGGUAGAGCAGAGACUGUUUUGGCGGCUCUGAAUUCGUCAUAUCUUUGGGAGCACUGCAAAGUUCUGAAGCUAACAAAAAACAUGAGAUUGCUGGCUGGUCUUACUGAUGAUGCAGCAAAAGAGCUUGAAUCCUUCUCAAACUGGAUUUUGGAUAUAGGAGAUGGAAAAAUAAAUUUGCCUAACGACGGUCAAGUUGAGAUUGACAUCCCUUCUGAUUUGCUGAUACAAAAUAGUGGAGAAGACCCUAUUGAGACUAUGGCAAAAGAGGUUUAUGGACAAGCUUUUCAAACUUCAACAGAUAAGGAUUUGUAUAGACAUCGAGCCAUUCUUACUCCCACAAAUGAUGAAGUGGAUAAAAUAAAUGACUACAUGCUUUCACAGUUGCCAGGAGAAGAGAAGGUUUACCUUAGCUCUGACAGUAUUAUCCCAUCCGAUGUUGACAUAGAAGAAAAUGUCGUAUAUCCUGCAGAGUUUUUGAACAGUGUUAAAGUGGCUGGACUGCCUAGACAUUGCUUGAAGCUCAAGGUUGGUGCUCCUAUCAUGUGUCUUCGUAACAUGGAUGUUGCAGAUGGUUUAUGUAAUGGUACUAGGCUAAUUGUUACUCAGUUACUGCCCCAUGUGAUAGAAGGUAGAAUUAUAACCGGAAACAAAAUUGCUUGA